UAAGGGCAGGUUGCUGAGGGAGUGAAAGGCGAACGAUGAAGUUUGGGCCGUUUGGCACGGUGUUGAGGUGGAAAAACAGAGCACCAUUGCCGUCUUUACGUCUCUUCUCCCAGCUUCACUCCAGGUCGUCGUUUGGUAUCGCGUUUGACAUCGAUGGGGUUAUCCUUCGUGGCCGCGUGCCCAUUGGAGGCUCCCCUCAAGCUUUGAGAAGAUUGUACAGAGACUCUGGUGCCUUGAAGUUUCCAUUCCUUUUCUUGACAAACGGUGGCGGGAUCCCAGAAUCUAGACGAGCCUCUGAAUUAAGUGAACUUUUGGGAGUAAACAUUUUACCUUCUCAGGUUGUGCAGGGUCACUCUCCUUUUAAAAAUUUGUUGAAGAGAUUUGAGAAGGAACUCAUCAUUGCCCUUGGAAAGGGGGAACCUGCUCUUGUGAUGUCUGAAUAUGGUUUCAAAAAAGUUCUCUCAUUAGAUGAGUAUGCAUCUUACUUUAAGAACAUUGAUCCUGUAUCUCAAUAUAAAAACUGGACAACAGAGAAGAUAUUUAAUAGCAAAGCCAACACCAAGGACUUGGUGCCAAGAUAUGAUGUUUUAUCUGACAGAGUUAAAGCAGCAUUUGUUGUCAGCGAUCCUGUUGAUUGAAGGGACAUUCAGGUUCUCUGUGAUGUGUUAAGAUCUGGAGGGCUGCCUGGACAGGAGAAUGGGCCUCAACCCCCUCUAUAUUUUGCUGCUGAUGAUCUUGAAUAUCAGGCAGCUUUUCCUUCUGAACGUCUUGGUAUGGGUGCCUUCAGGAUUGCACUAGAAAGCAUCUUCAACAGAAUUCACCAUAAUGCUUUGGAAUAUACAUCUUUUGGAAAACCGAAUCCAUUUGUAUUCAAAAAUGCUGAAGCCAUAUUGAGACAACUUCAGCCUUCAUGUCAUGAUGGUUAUUUCAUGGAUAAUGGAAACACUGAUUCAAAUUCUUUCGAAACCUUGUAUAUGAUUGGUGAUAAUCCUUUAGUUGAUAUCAGAGGCGCCCAAAAGGCAGGGCAUCCUUGGUUUUCCAUUUUGACUAGAACAGGCGUUUUCAAGGGGAAGGAAAACCAUGCAGAGUUUCCUGCUGAUUUGGUUGUUGAUACUGUUGAAGAGGCGGUGGACUAUAUUUUGAAAAAGGAGUGUUCUUUCUAGUAGGUUGAUGAUUCCUUUGUACAAAAGAGUUCAAUGAGUCAGAUGAGUUUGAACUUGGAUAUAAAAGUAAUUUAUUAAUUUUAAUUUAUAGUAGAGUGUUCUUUUA